GCCGGGGGGCGGGGGGUGUCCCAGCCCCGUACCUGGCGCGGAGGGCGCUGAAGUCGCGGGCCCCGCCGCGGCCCGGCCGGCUCAGCAGCUGCCGCUGCGAGACUUGCACCAGCGCCCGCAGCCCCAGCAGCUAUGCCUACAAUGAGUAAGACGACCUGGUGGUCUGCAGCACAACUCAAGAACUUAUGUACAACGGGGAGGUAAAGGAAGAGCUUCAUACCCCAUGCAAACCUGGGUUAUCUGACUAAGAUUUGUUAAAAAUCCUCAUCACCAUCACACCCCAACAACAACAACAAAAAACAACUGAGAGAAGAUUUGAUAAGUAGAAAAGAUGCAGGGCAAAGAGAGCAAUCCACCAGAUGGUGGCUAUGGAUGGGUUGUGGUAGUGUCAGCCUUCAUGGUGAUGGGCCUGACUGCUGCUGUCCUCAAGACUUUUGGUCUGUUCUUUGUUGAGAUCCAGCAGCACUUUGAUGAACUUGCAAGCAUCACUUCCUGGAUCACGUCAAUAACAAUUGCCAUUUUUCAUUUAGGAGCCCCUGUAGCCAGCUCACUAUGUGUAAAAUACACUCAUCGGACAGUUGUGAUCACUGGAGGACUCCUUGCUUUUUCAGGAAUGGCAUUGGGAUUUCUUGGACUCAACAUGAUUUGGAUGUAUGCAACAACUGGCUUCCUACAGGGACUUGGGAUUUCCUUUUCAUGGAUACCAGCCAUUAGCAUUGUUAGCCAUUACUUCUCCAAGAAAAGAGCUUUGGCCAAUGCUAUUGCCAGUGCUGGAGAAUGUGCCUUUGCCUUCACCUUCGGGCCAUUUUUCCAGUGGUUGAUUGGUCAAUAUGGAUGGAAAGGUGCCCUCUUGAUCAUAGGCGGCAUCCAACUCAACAUUUGUGUCUGUGGAGCACUGAUGAGACCACUGAAAAGCAGCUGCCUCCCUGAGACUAGCUGUCCUGAAGCUGAGACACCAUCUGGCAACAGGGCAUCCAGGAGAGACAAAGAUAAGUCUCCUGUCACACACAAAACCUUCAACUGGAUGCUUCUGAGGAGACUGGAGUUUGUGCUUUAUGCCAUUUUUGGCAUUUUAGCUGCUAUGAGUUUUUUUGUUCCUCCAUUAUUUUUAGUUCCGCUUAGCUACAGCCUCGGAAUAGAUGAAUCUUGGACUGCAUCUCUCCUCUCCAUUCUGGCAAUGGUGGAUUUUGCAGGCAGGCUGUUAUGUGGCUGGUAUGCCAACCUCCAUGUUACCAAAACUAUUCAUUUGCUGGCAAUGACAAUUGCACUGAUCAGCACUUCCCUGAUGCUGUUGCCACUGGCUAACAAUUACCUGUCCUUGGCAAUAUUCACUGGCUUCUACGGAUUCUUCUUCGGCACAACGGUCGCCAUUCACAUUACAGUGCUAGCAGAUGUUGUAGGCAUGUCAGAUUUUGACAGUGCUCUGGGGCUUUUCAUGCUCAUUCGAAGUACUGGGGGCUUUGUGGGGCCUCCUCUUGCCGGUCUGAUUGUGGACAUGGCUGGAGAUUACAGAGCAGGCUUCUACAUGGCAGGAGCCACUCUUAUCCUAUCUGGUGUAUUUUUAGUUAUUUUAGAUCAAUUUCAACAGAGAAAAGAAGAAGAAAGUCGUACUAACAGUAAACCAGAAAAAUCAACGUUGCCCUACCCUUCGCUCCAUUUCCUGAAACUUCAAAACAGAAGAUAUCAAGAGCAUGAUGUAGUGAUGUGACUACAUUGCACAUCUUACAGCAUUUCAGGACUUACUGAAGUGUUUUCUUUUCUCCAAAUUCAGUAUCAGUAGGAUCUAUAAACUGAUGGAUGUUUUGGGUAGUAAUGUAUGAAACUCAGGAAAAAAGUCGUUAGUUUACAAGUAAGCAACACCAAUAAUCAUCGUCUUAUUAUUUUGAAGCUGAAGUUGCAUUUUGACUAUGCUAGUCUUCAACACAGUCCCACAAGGCUGUGAUAAGCAAACUAGGGAAAAUAUGGUCCCAAUGAAAUUACCAUGAGGUGUGUACCCAGCAGACUGAAACCCUCCCCUCAAAUACAGACCCCAGCUAUCACAGUCAAGUAGGAAAAGGCAACAGCUGGAAUGUCACAGAUGUUUAACUUGGGGCAAAUACUGCUCAGUAUUUUCAUUUAACAAAUUGUUUAUGAAAGUGAGAGUACAUGAAUACAGUUUUCAGUUAAAAGGUUUGCAAAUACUCAACAGAGCAAGAAUUAGAAUCCAAAUGAACCUGAUAAACUGAAAAAAUACAUGAAUAAUUAAAUUCAAUAAAGAGAAGUGCAGCUCUAAAUAUCAGAAGGAGUAAGCAAAAUACACACGUGAAACAGGGAAUGAUUGAUGAAUAAGGAGAACUAGAGGAACUAAGUCAACAAAGUAACUUAGUAAACUAAGGUUACAGUUGACUUCAAACUGAGCAAGAACUCUAAAUACAACACUACAUUAAAAAAGGCCAAUGUCUUUCUGUGCCAUAGUAAGAUAGAAGCAAUAAUGAUGCUUGCAAGGCUUUAACCAGAAAAGGAACAUAAAUUGCAGAGAAUUAAGGGGAACAAUAAUGACGUUUAAAAAACAUGGCAUAAAGAAAAAGGUCAAGAAAUUAGGUCUAUCUAAAUUCAGAAAACAGAAGGUUGUGAAGGGCAUGAGAACAGCCUUCAAAUCUAUAAAAGGCUGAGCUAAAGAAGACAGGAUCAGUUCCUUUCCUUGUUAAGGCAAUUAGUAUUUGAUGGAGUUUGUGGCAAGACAGAGUUAUAUAAUUGGAAAAAGCUUCCUCACUAAUAAAGACAGUGAAACAAAGGCACAGAAACAGGUUAGUUAGGAAGAAUAUGAAAUCAUAGAGAUAUUCAUAAGAGAGAAUCUAAAUACACUCAAUUCUGCCUCAGAAUAGGGGUUUCAUGAGACCCUUUUUAGCCCUGCAUUUCAAUUAUCUUAAGGCUGAUGUUUGCAAAUAUUUGUAAUUUUGAGCAAAUAUUUGAUUUAUGAGAUUAUAAAUAUGUCUCUAUUUAUCCAAAUCAUAUGUUUUCUGUAAUUGUAAUUUAUCUGGGGUGCAGAGAUGGUAAAAGAAGGGUGGAAGGAUUGGAUCAUAUUUAAACACACACAAAAAAAUCUAGCAUUUAAAAGCUUUAAACCUAUUGCAAAUAUUACAGCUGCCCUAGUUCUCAACUUUAAGAAAAUUCUGUCAUUGAAACACUUUAUCUGUGAAGCCAGGUUGAACAUGAAUCACUUAUAUAAAAUAAUUAUUUCCUGUCUUUUAGGAAUAAUAAUGGUUUCAAAAUUUUAAUUCAACUCACCAUCAGCCAAUCACUAAUAAACCAAGUAUCUAUGGGGGCUUGAUUACAGAAUACACAUUGGAAGGGUCACACUGAAUGGUGAAGGCUCAUAACAGGGCCCAGAAAUUUGUGACAAAACAUCUUUCAAUCAUUUCAAUUUAAAAAUUUACAUUUUUUUCUAGAAAGUGUUACUCUUCAGUCACUGCUGUGUUCCAGUACUUAAAACAACCUUUCAAAUUGAAAGGAAAGGAAAUCAUUGCAUGGGGGAAGAUGGAG